GCUUGAACCAACUCGGAGUGAGGACGGAGAUGAGGACAACUGUGAGUCAAGUACAGGAGUACCAAUGGAAAGACGGUUAUAAACUUUGCUUUGUUGACGGAUUAUGAGAGUGAGAUUAGCCUCACCGCUCACUCGAAUUCCACUCACUCGGUCGACAUCGACUUUGAGCAGUUUGCCCCGUUUUGCAGCCUCCAGAAUGGCGGAACCCAUCUCAGAUGAAGCAAACGGAGUUGGAGUGGCGUCUUCGCUCACGCCUUACACUCCCAGGUACAUUGAUAUCGGCAUCAACCUAGCAGAUCCAAUCUUCAGGGGCCGCUACCAUGGCAAAUCGAAGCAUCCCGACGACCUGAAGGCCGUGGUGGGGAGGGCCGUCGAGGUGGGAUGCACGAAACUCAUCGUGACCGGGUCGUCGUUCAAGAGCACGAGGGACGCACUCAAGCUCGCCAGGGAGUUCCCCGGCACCGUCUUCGCCACGGCAGGCAUCCACCCCUGCAGCAGCUCCAUUUUCAGCCCGUCGCACCACAAGCACCAUGACGAGAGCCAGAGCGAGGGCGAAGAGGAGGAGCACACGCCGGCGUGCGACCCGGACCCGAGCAAGCCGAUCCCAGACGGCGAGGGCGUCGACCACGCGCGCAGCGCGACCAUCAUCGCCGACCUGGCGCGCCUCAUCGCCGAGGCGCGCGCCGCCCCCGCCUCCGGGCCCGGCCCUUCCCCGGCUCCCCCAGCGCUCGUCGCCUUCGGCGAGUUCGGCCUGGACUACGACCGGCUGCACUACUGCUCCAGGGAGGUGCAGCAGCACUCGUUCGCGGCGCAGCUGGCGCUGGCGGCGACGCUGCGGCCGGCGCUGCCGCUGUUCCUGCACUCGCGCGCGGCGCACGCCGACUUCGUGCGCCUGCUGCGCGACGCCUUCGGCCCGCGGCUGGAGCGGCUCGAGCGCGGUGGCGUCGUGCACAGCUUCACGGGAACCGUCGCCGAGAUGCGCGAGCUGACCGAGGACCUGGGCCUGUACAUCGGCGUCAACGGGUGCAGCUUCAAGACGGCCGAGAACUGCGACGUGGUCCGGCAGAUCGACCUGUCCCGGCUGAUGCUCGAGACGGACGGGCCGUGGUGCGAGGUCCGGCCCAGCCACGAGGGCUGGAAGUACCUGGUGCAGUUUGAGGCGAAGGCCAAGGCGGCUGCGGCUGCGGCUGCGGCUGCGUCUCCCGCGCAGGCGCAGGGCGAGGCGGAGGCGGAGAAGCAGUCACAGCAGCAGGGUAAGAAGAAGAACCAGAAGAAGGAACCCGAGGUGCCGGAGCGGUACAAGGUCGUCAAGAAGGAGAAGUGGGAGGAGGGCGCCAUGGUCAAGGGGCGGAAUGAGCCCUGCACAAUCGAGCGGAUCGCCAAGAUCGUGGCCGAAAUCAAGGGGGUUUCGCUUGAGGAAGUAUGUGAGGCAGCGUGGGCGAAUACGGUCAAGGUAUUUGGGAUAGACCCAUAGAUUCAUUCAUGUUGUUCGCGGAAGCCAGUCGCAUUUACAGAUAGACGGGUGGGUUUCCAGAUGCCAUUGAGCGAACCAUCC